AACAAAACACAAAACUAGAUAGCUCAGCUUCUUGCCCUCAGCCUCUCGUCCCAGAUUUUUUAUAAAGAGCAAGUGAAUUGUUUGUGGUUUGUGAAGGUUCAUCCUCCUCUUCCACCUUCUUGAGCUUUGGAUCUAUAUCUCUUUUUUGAAAAACACAAGUUUUGAAAUAAAAAAAAAAAACAACAACAACAACCAUGCAAGCCCAACCUCAAAUGACGACUGUUCAACCCGGGUACGCCCCCCAACCCGUCGCAGGGGCCGCUCCCGGUCAAACCAACGUUGUCGUUGUCACUCAAGUUGUCCAGCGCCCACCAAAAGAUUGGUCUCACAGUCUCUUUGACUGUUUCGGAGACUUUGGAACAAUGAUGGAUGCUGUGGGGACUGCUUCAUGUACUAUUGCGCCGCGCAAUGCGGAUGCGGACCUUGUAUCGGAUCAGGUGGCCGUGCGAGCGUUCGGAGCAAGUACAACAUUACUGGCGACUCUUGCUCAGAUUUCGUAA